UCACUGAGAGGCAGGACUGGAUCUGUAGAGCUCAGACAUCUUCACACAGAACAGAGCGAGGGAGUGCACUGAGGAGGAAACCUUUCCGUCUCUCUUUCCCUUCUUUGUUUCAUGCUGUGAACUCGAGCAGGGAAAUGAGUCAAUGAGAACAGCAGCCACUGAGACAGAGACAUGGACAAACAGAAAGUUUCUUUCAGAAAGACACGGCCAAAAACAAGCUUCCUCUCCACCUUCUACAUUGACGUCACUGCCGCUCAUCUAUUAAGUGCUGGCCAAGCUGAUCUGGGACCUGCCGUCCUUCCUGUCUGCUCUGGACUCAGAGAAACUGAGUUACGCCGCUCAGACUCAAAAGAAAGACAUCUCAGAGCUGCUGUCUAAGCUGCACACAAAUGACACUCCAGUGGAAGACACUGAGUACAUGAUCAUGAGCUGUCCAUCAUCAUCAGACACUCCUGGAUCAGAGGGCGUCCAGGGUCCUGAGCUGCUCCUAAAUCACGACUUACCAUUGUGGUUGGCAAACUUGGGCCUUGUGGUGCCACCCGUUCCUCCAGGGGGUCCAGGAGGUGAUGAAGAUGAAGAUACCUACGAGGAGGCAGAACCUUACUUGCCCAACACAACCACAUCUAACACUGAUAACGCAGAGUCUGACAGUAGUCACUAUGAGUCAUACGGGGAGGAAGAUGAUGAUGAUGAGCCUGUGAAGGACCGAGCUCACUACAUCCACUGGAGCGCCUCCCAGCCCUGCCUACGCCCCGUCCCAGAGUCCCGCCUCUGUGGUUACCUGUGGAAGAGGAAAUGGCUCGGACAGUGGACCAAACAGCUGUUCAUCAUCCGGAGCGACGUGCUGCUGUGUUAUAAGUGUGCCCAGGACCUGCUGCCUCAGCUGGAGUUGAGUCUGCGUGGCUGUCAGCUGGUCUACAAGUCGAAGAACAGCGGGAAGAUCCAGCACCAGCUCAAGCUGCUGCUGCUGGGCUCAGAGAGCCUGGUGCUGGGCUACAGCAGCUUCCAGCAGGCCGCCGAGUGGAGGAAGGUGAUAGAGGACGUGAGUGUUGGAGGAGAAGGGGACACUCAGAGCUCCUUGUCUCUGAUCAGAUCAGACACGCUGCUGUCUGGCAGGUCCAGUCUAGUCCAGACUGACUCUGAGGAGGAGAGAGCUUCAGCUGUCUGUAGCCUCAACAAAGACAAAGGUUUCCUGAGCGUGCUGAUGAACUGUCAAUGGCAGAGUUUACGGUGUCGGGUGGAGACGGGUCUACUAAUCAUGUUUGGAGAGGAGGAGGAGGAGGAGGAGGAAGAGGAGCAGAGGGAGGAGGUGAAGAGGUCACCUCAGUACACCGUCCAGCUCAGAGGCUGUGAGGUCAGAGCGGGCCCUGACACCGACCACUCCUACAGGAUCACACUGAGCAUGCUCGGUGACCAGGUGGCCGUGCUGGAGGUGAGUAGCUCAGGUGAAAAGGAGUGCUGGUUAAAGCUGCUGCAGGACGGAGCUUCCAAAACUCAGGAGAACACAGAUAAAGCUCUAAGUGGGCUGCAGACUCAAAGGUUUCCCAACUCCAACACAUACAUGGACGACCCCUUCCAUCUGAGUGGAACAUAUCAAGACCAGCCCAUCUAUUCCAACACCUCCAUACUGGAUCACAUGAUUCACAGCUCUCAGGAUUCAGUUCGCCCCUGCUCAGUGUCAUCUAAAGACUCUGUGACCUACAGCAACACCACAUUCAGCAGCCACAACAGGAAGUCGUUGGAAUUGGAGCGAGGUGUGCAGAAGCUGGAGCUGACUGGGAAGAGGACGGUGCAGCUGAGGGCGGGGUCAGAGAUCAACCUGACGUCUGCCGGGAAACAAAACAAACGCACCUCAUUUAGACAGUCGCUGGCCAUCUGCAGUGAGCGCGCUCAGGCGGGAUUUCUGAACCCUCUGCUGCGGCGCACGGCCUCCGCUAAAAACUCUCUGAGACGAGCUCCUUCAUCGCUGUUCAUCGAACAUGGGAACGUUUUCCAGAAGAGGAAGGAAUGGGAAACCAAAGCUGCUGCUUGACACCGACUAUGUAUCCAUCAUCAUCAUCCUCAUCAUCAUCCUCAUCAUUAUCAUCCUCAUCAUCAUCCUCAUCAUGAAAUCUACAAGCUACAGUUCUCGCAACCUAGGAACCACAAACAACAACUUAUUAUUUCUAACUGAAUAUCUUUGAACUGCUUGAGUCCUAAAGCUUAACAUACAGUCUAACAUGACACUGUUCUGGCCUUUCUCCAUUACAUGAAGAUAUUCCAGUCGCUGUUGUGUGGUGAACUUUAAAAAAGCAAUCUGCGUCAACAGAAAAUCCACAUACAAAAGAAACAGAUGAAUCUGUGAGGAACAUGAGCAGGUUAGCACAAAUUAGUAAAUUAUUUUCUUUAAAAAGACUUGAAAACCGUUGACUUUAAUUAAAUGUAUUAUGUCAAGAGAAUUUACAUAUUUGUAUUAGGUUAGUUGAAAGCAAUAAUAUUAAGUUUAAAUAAAAAGAUUAGGUUCAAUUUAAUAUUAUUGCUUUCAACUAACCUAAUACAGUUAUGUGAAAGUCAACUUUUCAUAUUUUCUGUGUACUUUAUUGCAAUAUGUUGUAUUAGUACAGAGGAAUAACCUUGUAUCAGCAAACCGUACAAGUCAAGAUAAUUCAAGCUAGUGCGUAAAGAAUAACUUUGUAUGUGCUUGGGCUUGUGCCUCCAUCAGGGUCAUCAUUAAACACAUCACACAACCAAAUGUGUGCACAUGCUGGCAAAGACACUCAGGUCAAGAACAAUUACAGUUAAAUGUACAAAUUGAUUGUGAAAAGUUCAACCAGCUCAACAUUACAAACUUUUACAGACUGUCUGCACCAACACUAUGUGUUAAUAAACGUCUGAUCAUGCAGACACCUGAUUGCGUUUGGACAGAACAAUAUGGAUGGAAGUGGUAGUUUUAUUUGACUGAACACACACGUGAAGCACUCACAUCACACUUUCUGUAUUCAUUUAAACCACUAAUCUAAAUUAAUUUAAUUUCCAAUUAAAGGCUUUUAUAUCUUAAUUAACAGUAUUUCAUUUUUGUCUACUUCCUGCUGUUCUUUGGAGCAGCUUCUUCAGCUGGAGUGUGUUUUGUACUGUGUGGUGAAGUCUGUCAAAUUGUGAUGUAAAUCUUCUGUGAGUGUAAAACAUCUUCUCUGUUCAGUUACAUUUGUGAAUAUCAGGUCGCUCAUUUGUUUGAAUUGUUUUUGAUCUUUCAUUCCACGUGAACUCUCUGAUGUCAUUGUGAGUUAUAAUCAGUGGUGGACCAUGUAUUCAGAUCUUGCAGUAAAAGUAACACACUGAAAUGAUUUCACUACAAGUCCAAGUCUUGAAUGUAAAAUGUUAUGUUAGUGAAAGUAUGUAAAUAUCUCAGCAAAGUAUACUUUAAGUAUAAUUCUACAACGUUUCCAGACAGCGUUUUACUGUUAUAAAUGAUAUGAUAUGAUACAAGUAGAACAUUGAGGUUUUGCUCAUUUCAUCUCCCUUGUUCUACUACAGCAAUGCAUAUAUUCUAUAACGUCAUCAUGUUGUAGCUUUGUUGCUGUCCUGUGUGUUUUUCCCAGAACAAAAACCUGUUUUCAGCUUUUUAACAAAGCAUUUCCAAAUGAGCCAAGACCAUUUCUAAAUACUUUAUUAAGCUAGGACCAUUUUCUCAACACAUAUGGGAUCACUUGCUCUUCAGUUUAUCAGAAACAUUUCAAUAACACUGCUAGAGAUACAUGAUUUUUAAAGGACAGAGCAGGUACGUACAAAUUGUACUUAAGUACAGUACUUCAGGAAAUGUACCCACCCACCACUGGCUAUAAUUGAAACUUACAUUUGUUCUGAUCUGCACAAUAUUAUUGCAAACACAUGACUAUGAACUAUUGAAGACUUAUGUUCAUUUCUAUGACUGUCACUUAUUUUUAUCUUUUUUUGUAUUUACUGGAUUUUUUAUAAUUUCAGGAGAACGUCGUUUUUGUUGUUAUUGGACUAAAAGAUUAUCUAUAAAAUGAUAUUGUAAUAUUAAAACUAAA